UGAGGGGCGGCCGAGGCGGAAGCGGGGCGACGGGCGCACGUGUGGGGCCGGGCAGCCGUUGGAGACGGCGGUUGUGGGCUGCGCUGUGUGGGGAGGAAAGAGAUCAGCCCCACCUCAUAGCAGCUGCUGACCCUCACCGCCAUGGUCGUCUUCACGUGCAACGCGUGCGGGGAAUCCGUGAAGAAAACACAGGUUGAAAAGCACGUGAACAUUUGCAGACACUGUGAGUGCCUCUCUUGCAUGGACUGUGGCAAGGAUUUCUGGGGUGAUGACUAUAAGGACCAUGUGAAGUGUGUAACCGAAGAUGAGAAGUAUGGUGGAAAAGAUUUUGAAGCCAAAACUAGUAAAGGAGAUGCUAAACAACAGGAGUGGCUUCAGAAAAUUCAUGAAGUAAUGAAGAAACCCAAUAUAAACCCUAAAGUGCGGAACAUUUUGGAGCAAAUGCGUUCCUUUGGUAAUAUUCCAAGAAAAAAAGUAAAAUUUCAGAACUGGAUGAAGAACAGUUUGAGAGUUACUGACAGCACUUUGCAAAAUCAGGUGUGGGAUAUUUUUUCUGAAGCAACUGGAGAUGUGUCAGGUAGAAAAGAACAUGACAAACCACAACAGAAGGAUGGAGUACAGUUUGCAGAAAGUGGGCAGAAAACAAUGGCAGAAGAAAAUGGCAUUACAGAUGGUAAAACCGAGCGGAAAAAGAGUAAGAAAGAACGAAAAGAAGAGAGACAAAAGAACAAUAAGAAGGAGAAAAAAGAUUUGAAAUUAGAAAAUCAGCCUGUGAGCUCAGAAACAAAAAAGAAUAAGAAGUCCAAAAAACAGAAGGAUUGCUUGGAGAAUGAAUUUGAAAUGAAUGGAAACGGCCAUCAGAAUGAAACAGAAGAGGAAACAAAUGUCAGGAAACGCAAAUAUAAACAUGUAGAAGAGGAACCCUGUGUCACAAAAAAGAAAAUGAAAACUGAAAGCAUGUCAGAAGACAUGGAAACAGAAAACACCAAUGGCAAUGAAGAAACUCUUGGAAAAGGUAAAUUCAACUGGAAAGGAACCAUCAAAGCUGUUCUGAAACAGGCUCCAGACAAUGAAAUUUCAAUUAAAAAACUAAGAAAAAAGGUUAUAGCUCAGUACUAUGCAGUAGCUGGUGAACAUCACAAAUCAGAAGAGGAUAUUCUAAUCAUAUUUAAUAAGAAAGUGAACAACAAUCCCAAAUUUAAAGUUUUAAAGGACAAAGUGAAACUCCUGAAAUAAGUUUUCAUCCUUUCCAUAAUGUUUGCAUUGCAGACUGAGUCAAAUCCUGCUGUCAAGUGGAUAGACAUCAUAUAUUGGUCUCAAAUUGUUUGUGUAUGAGAGAACAGAAUUUAAGACUGGAUUCAUCUUCUUUUUCUAGAUCUACUGCAGAAUAUUUUAGGAGUGCUGCAUAUCUGUUUCAGAUAUUUUUUUAAUUUUUAAGGAAAAUGUCUAUUUUUUGUACAAGUUUUAAGAGGCAUUGAAAAUAACAGGCAACAGCUAUAUUAAAAUUCUUCCGGGAAUGGAUUUUAUUUAUAGGCACGAAUGUUUAUCAGGACCAGGGUAGAAACUAUUUUAAGAGCAAUAGGAUUUUCAUAUUCAAAACCUCACUGUAGAAAAAUGUUUUGUUAUGAUACAGUUAAAAAAAUUGUAUGACUGAUAGUUCCUUUAUGCACUGUAACUUUAAUAACCUCUUAAUUUUGUGCUGUGAAGUGCAUAAUUACAAUGUCUGUAAGAUUUAUGUAUGUAAAAUUGCACAUUCAGUGAAUAUCUGAAGACUGUUACCUGUACAUGCAUAGCUACUUGGUGUUAUAAUUAGCACUACAACUGACUAAAUAAGUGAUGUCACUUAGACUAAAAAUUGACCAACAAAAUAAAUGACUGUAAAAUACCACCUUAAAUUUGUUAAAUCUUGUCAGUUUACGAUUGUACCAAAAAAAGAAACAAACCAACCCAGAAGAAAUCUGUGCAUGAAAUCCACAAACUAUAUAUAUAUUUUUUUGUACUUUGCAGUCACUGAAAGAAUGUUAAAAGGUAGAAAUCUUAAAAUACCUGAAUUUGUAAAACUAGUGAAUAUAUUAGAAGUGCGAAAAUGUUAAAUGUCUGGGUCCAGUUUCUCUGAGUACAUAUUUGUCUUGUUUAUAAGAAAAAAUUACAAUGGAAGUCCAUAAUAAGUUUCUCUCUUCACUAAAUGGUUGUUUUCCAGUUCAUGAAAAUGGCUUUGGAUGUAUGUGAAUAAAGUUUAUUUACAGCCCUGGGAAAA